GACUUCAUAUAAAACCCAUAGCCAUAAGAGCGGAUCUCCCUCCCAUCCUUCCUAAGCCUAACACUAUUACACUAUUACACUAUUACUACUACUACUACUACUACUACUACUACUACUACUAAGUCAAAGACAUACAACGUUAUUGUGUUUGGAAACAAGGGAAAUGGAUUCCGGGUUGCAAAUAAAAACAGAAUACAAAGAAGAAGAAGAAGAAGGUGCAGAAGACGAACCAGUGUCUCCUACAGGACAAUACUUCAAUAGCAAAACAAUGUCAGUUCGUGUCCUUGGAAUUUUGGAAUCCGAAAUUCCCAUUGAUGAGUCCUGUGCAUUACCACUACUUCAGGAUCUCUUCCUUCCCAUCAACACAAGGUUCUCAUCCAUUAUGGUAUCUGAUCACAAGGGUGUAAAACAAUGGAAAAGGGUGGAGGUGAACCUUCCAGAUCAUCUCAAUCUUCCCAGAUUUCCUGACAACUUGUCCCUCGAAAAAUAUGAUGACUGUUUCGACAAAUAUAUAACCGAAAUUGCUAUGAAACCACUGUCAAAAGACAAACCAUUAUGGGAAGUUCACAUUUUUAAUUACCCAACAAACAAAGCAGCAGCACACCUCAUCUUCAAGCUUCACCAUGCGCUCGGUGAUGGCUUUUCUCUUAUGGGAGCACUUCUUUCCUGUAUGCAAAGAGCAGAUAAUCCUUCCCUUCCGUUAACCUUCCCAUCAAUGCAACCCAGCUCAGAAGCUAACAGAAAAGCUACUGAUGAUAUUGGCUGUCUGCCAAAAACCUUGUCAACAAUCUACAAUACAACCCGUGAUUAUGGAUGGAGUGUGCUAAAGGGUAGUUUUAUCGCUGAUGAUAAAACACCAAUUAGAUCAGGGGAUGAAGGUGUAGAAUUCCAUUCAGUACAGAUCUCUACAGUUGAAUUGUCCCUGGAUCAAAUUAAACAAAUCAAAACAGCAAUAGGAGCGACUAUAAAUGAUGUGCUUACUGGUAUAAUCUUCUAUGGGACUCGAUUAUACAUGGAAGCAGCAGGAAAAGGAUUUGGUACUUCUGAAACAACAGCACUAGUGUUGCUUAACACUAGAAAUAUCAAUGGUUACAAGUCCAUUCAAGACAUGGUUAAAACUCACUCUGAAACAAAAUGGGGAAACCAGUUUGCAUUUUUACAUGUCGCACUACCUGAAUUAUUCAAUGAUAAAUCUUCCAAACCCCUGGAAUUUAUUUCUGAAGCACAGAAAAUCAUUAAGAGGAAGAGAAAUUCUUUGGCUGUCUAUCUCACUGGUCAGAGCCUGGAGUUUUUAAGAAAAUACAGAGGUCCUGAGGCAGCAGCUGAAUUUAUCCAUAGUACACUACAGAAAUCAACCAUGACAGUCUCAAACAUGAUUGGUCCAGUUGAACAAAUGGCCUUAGCAAAUCACCCAUGCAAAGGCUUGUAUUUCAUGGUCGUUGGUGUUCCUGAGAGCCUGACAAUAACCGUUAUGAGUUACAUGCGCACAUUAAGGAUUGCUAUUGGCGUUGAAAAGGGCUACAUAGAUGUGCAGAAGUUCAACUCAUGCAUAGAAAAUGCUUUUCAGCUGAUAUACAAAGCAGCCGUUAAGAUACCUAACGAUUACAAUUGAGAAUUAGCUUUGCUUUUAUUCUUAAAAAGGUGGAUUUAUUAUAUCCUUAUAACUGUUCAAUAAAUACAUACCAAGGCUAGGUUUAUCUUAUGGAAGGAAAUUAUAACCCAUUUCAAAGAAAAUAGGCAGAAAAAGAUAAUGAUAGCUGCUUCAUUUUAUUUAAAAACUGUGUUUGUAUUCAUAUUGAACUUUUGCAAGGAUUUGAUCUCUUUUAUUAAA